GGAGGGACCUGUAGGAUGGAGGGCACCUCCUUCACGCCUCAUUUUAUGGCCCAACAGCGGAGACGGGAACUCCUUGCACCGAGCAAAGUCCAUCCCCUCCUCCCUACCACCACCCUGCCACCACGCUGCGCUCCCGGCGGUCACCACCAGGGGGCGCUGCAGCCCCCACCCCCCUAUUGGUUCCGCCCCUUUGACUUGAUGCUCCGCCCCGCUCGGCCCGCAGGCGCGGCCCGGCCAUGCCGGCCAAGAGGAAGCCGGUGUUACCGGCCCUCACCAUCACCCCCAGCCCCAUUGAGGGACCAGGGCCUGGAGGAUCCGCAGAGUGAAGGACAGGCUUUCUCAGGACCCCCACAGACUGAUGCCCCCAUCAUCUCCUGCAGGGCUAACCUGGUGGACCUACAGAAGAAGCUGGAGGAGCUGGAGUUGGAUGAGCAGCAGAAGAAGCGUUUGGAAGCUUUCCUCACUCAGAAAGCUAAAGUGGGAGAGCUGAAGGAUGAUGACUUUGAGAGGAUCUCCGAGCUGGGGGCUGGCAAUGGUGGUGUGGUCACCAAAGUGCAACAUAAACCUUCGGGGCUCAUUAUGGCACGGAAGCUGAUUCAUCUAGAAAUCAAACCGGCCAUCAGGAAUCAGAUUAUCCGAGAGCUGCAGGUGCUGCAUGAGUGUAAUUCCCCGUACAUUGUGGGUUUUUAUGGAGCUUUCUACAGCGAUGGGGAGAUUUCCAUCUGCAUGGAGCACAUGGAUGGUGGUUCCCUGGAUCAAGUGUUGAAAGAAGCCAAAAGAAUCCCUGAGGAAAUACUGGGGAAAGUCAGUAUAGCGGUCCUGAGAGGUUUGGCCUAUCUGAGAGAGAAGCACCAAAUCAUGCACAGAGAUGUGAAGCCUUCCAACAUCCUGGUUAACUCUCGAGGAGAGAUUAAGCUGUGUGAUUUUGGGGUCAGUGGUCAGCUCAUUGACUCCAUGGCAAACUCUUUUGUGGGAACUCGGUCCUACAUGUCUCCUGAACGGUUGCAGGGCACUCAUUACUCAGUCCAGUCUGACAUCUGGAGUAUGGGUCUGUCAUUGGUGGAGCUUUCUAUUGGAAGGUACCCAAUACCCCCACCAGACUCCAAGGAACUGGAAGCAAUAUUUGGCCGUCCUGUGGUGGAUGGGGCAGAGGGAGAGUCUCACAGCGUCUCACCAAGGGCCAGGCCUCCAGGACGCCCCAUUAGUGGCCAUGGAAUGGACAGCCGACCUGCAAUGGCCAUCUUUGAACUGCUGGACUAUAUAGUUAAUGAGCCACCUCCCAAGUUGCCAAAUGGAGUUUUCACACAAGAUUUCCAGGAGUUUGUAAAUAAAUGCUUAAUUAAGAAUCCAGCGGAACGGGCAGAUUUGAAGAUGCUGAUGAAUCACACCUUCAUCAAACGCUCUGAAGUGGAGGAGGUGGAUUUCGCCGGCUGGCUCUGCAAAACACUGAGGUUAAACCAGCCCAGCACACCCACCCGUGCUGCCGUGUGAUGGCCAAGCCUGGUGUCAGUACAUCUGCCUCUGCCACUGUUUCCUGCCCUUCAGUACACAACAGAACUGCCCUUCUUCCUUCUCCCCUGCCCCUUCUCGCAUCCCACCAGCAAAGCACCAUCACUUGGAAAUGUUAAUCAGCUGCCUCCCCCCCCCCCCACCUCCUUUCCCUCAUCCCCAUGCAAACAUGGGUUUAGUUUCUGUUGGUCUGGGGGGUGUCCUGGGCCUCUGCUCCAGCUUUGGAGCUCUUUGACACUUGGGAAAUGUGCUGCUUAUGUUAUAUUUUUUUUUUCUCUUUUUUUUUUUUGGUUUUCUUUUUGGAAACAUGUUCACUUGGGUUUAAAAGAAAAUAAGACGUGUGCACUGGUGUA